UUGAUUACGUAAUGCACCGGAUGCUGCACGAACGGGGAGGACGAGGCGGGGAAAGCGAUGGAUGGAUGGAUACCAUGAAAGAAAUCAAGAAUGGACUAAGAGAGUGAAAGUAAAAGGCUGCUUGGUUUUGACGAUUGUCUACGACCAUCAUUAUCAUCAUAAGAGCAGCAAUGGCGGGCCCAGAUCAGCAGAAGCAGCAUCAACAGCAGGUGGAGGAGGAGAAGGCCGAGCACAUCGAUGACGCCGAGAUGGCGCUGCAAGGCAUCAACAUGCUACUCAACAACGGCUUCAAGGAAAGCGACGAGCUUUUCAAGAGAUACAGGAGCCACAGCCCACUAAUGAGCUUUGGGGCAAGUUUUGUCAGCUUCUUGAAUGCCAUGAUGACGUUUGAGGAGGAAAAGAUGCAGAUGGCUUGCGACGACCUGAAGACCACCGAGAAGCUGUGUGAGAGCGACAGUGUCGGUGUACUGGAGACCAUCAGGAACAAGAUCAAGAAGAGCAUGGACUCUCAGAGGUCUGGCGUGGUGGUGGUGGAUCGUCUACAGAGACAGAUUAUUGUGGCCGACUGUCAGGUUUACCUGGCCGUGCUCUCCUUUGUCAAGCAAGAACUCUCAGCGUACAUUAAAGGCGGUUGGAUCCUCCGCAAGGCGUGGAAAAUGUAUAACAAAUGUCACAGCGACAUCAGCCAGCUGCAGGCUGCCUGCCAGCAGAACACCACAGAGAGCACCACCGAGAACACAACCCACACCGCACCGGACAACGCUAACCACAACGAGGCAGAGAGCGGUGUGACGGCCGAAGCCCUGGACCGCCUGAAGGGCUCGGUUAGCUUCGGCUACGGUUUGUUCCACCUGUGCAUCUCUAUGGUUCCCCCGCACCUUCUCAAGAUCAUCAACCUCUUGGGGUUUCCCGGAGACCGCCUCCAAGGCCUGGCUGCCCUCGCCUACGCUAGCGAAAGCAAGGACAUGAAGGCGCCGCUAGCUACAUUGGCCCUCUUGUGGUAUCACACGGUAGUGCUGCCAUUUUUCGCGCUAGACGGGUGUGACUCUCACGCUGGUCUGACGGAGGCUAAAGAGAUCUUGCACAGGAAGUCACUGGUCUACCCAAACUCUUCCCUCUUUAUCUUCUUCAAGGGACGUGUUCACAGGUUGGAGUGUCACAUCAACAGCGCUCUGGCCUGCUUCAACGACGCACUUGAACUGGCUUCCGACCAAAGGGAGAUCCAGCACGUGUGUCUGUACGAGAUCGGUUGGUGCAGCAUGAUCGAGAUGAACUUCGAAGACGCUCAUCAGUCUUUCGAGAGGCUGAAGAACGAGUCUAGAUGGUCGCAGUGUUAUUACGCGUACUUGACCGGAGUAUGUCAAGGAGCUUCAGGUGACUUAGACGGCGCCAGCGGAGUCUUCAAAGACGUGCAGAAGCUGUUCAAAAGAAAAAACAACCAGAUUGAGCAGUUCGCAGUCAAACGGGCUGAGCGUUUGAGGAAGAUUUCCCCCAGUAGAGAACUUUGCAUCAUGGGUGUCAUUGAGGUGUUGUACCUGUGGAAAGCGCUUCCCAACUGCUCCUCAACCAAGUUGCAGGUUAUGAACCAAGUCUUGCAGCGUCUUGACGAGGUGUCGUGCCGUGGCCUGAAACAUCUUCUUUUGGGUGCUGUCCACAAGUGUCAUGGCAAUACCAAAGACGCCGUUCAGUCCUUCCAGAUGGCGGCUAGAGACGAGUAUGGACGGCAGACAAAUUCGUACGUUCAGCCGUACGCCGUCUACGAGUUGGGCUGUGUGCUGCUAGCUAAACCAGAGACAGUGGGAAAGGGAAGAUCGUUCCUACUUCAAGCAAAGGAGGAUUUCACGGGCUACGACUUUGAAAACAGGCUUCACGUACGCAUCCAUUCGGCGUUAGCCUCUCUAAAGGAACUAGUGCCUCAGUGACUCCACAAAGGGGUGACGUUAGCGUUUUUACACCAUCUCUUAAACCGCCGACUGGGAUUCAAAAGGGAAAGCUCCAGACCCGAUGUUAACCAUUCGCGGUUAAAAAAAAAAUACACACGAUUACCCGGCGUAUGACGUUAAGAUAUGGAGUGCCGUGUACACAGAUAAAUGUCCCACAGGUCAUAUGUUUUUAACAAGAUUUAUGUCUGUUUAAAAAUCCAUUUACCUUCCGUAUGAUUUAGCCAAUCACGAGCACCAAACGUGUACGACUUUUAAGAUAUUGGUGCCGGAUGCUGGGAAAUGAAGUCAACUCAUAGACAGAUACCUGUCCUGUUUGCAUCAAAUGCAAUUUUAACAGAAUUUGUUACACAGAUUAAAAAAUGGAAUAAACCUAUGAUGCCUGAACUUACAUUUAACAUAUAUACAUCAAAAUGGGGGAAUAAAUUAGUACAAAAAUUGUAACACUGUAAUUAAAAAAUACUAGUGUAUAUAUAGUAAGAAAAAAAAAAUUGAAAAAUACAACUAAAAAUUGGAAAAUCCUAAAUUAAAAUAACAAAAUCACAUAUAUAUGUGUACCGUAAUUUUUGCACUAUAAGGCGCACCCGACUAUAAGCCGUCACCCACCAAAUGUGACACGAAAACGGCUUUUGUUCAUAAAUAAGCCGCACUUGACUAUAAGCCGCAGCUGUCAUCACUGUAUUAUGGGAUAUUUACACUAAAAGAUAUUAACCGGUAACACUUCAUUAGACAGCGGCAUCAUACAACGAUCAGAAGACCAAAUGAACCACCAUGAAGCUUUGAACCAAUUGGCUGCAAAGCUUCAUUUGGCCAUCACUGCUCCCUUGGGGGAGACAGUCAUCCUCCUCUGCCACCUGCUGUCAACACUGAUGUUGUCCAACAUGCCUCCUAGCAUGCAUUGCAGUGCAACAGAUGUAAAUAACAAUCAAGUUCUGUGAUAAUUAUUUAUUUAGUUACUGUUCCAGUUUCAUUAAUUGCUAGUUAUGGUAUUUGGUAACACUUUAUUUGACAGCGGCGUCAUAAGACUGUCAUAAUUAUGACGUGAUACUAUUUUGGGCAUUACUGAACGCUUAUGACAGCGUCAUCCAGCAAAUUAUGUUACCAACUCCAUUUAUGUUCAGUUUGGAUAUUUUACAUCCAUUCAAAAGUGAGAUAAUUUGCCGAAUAACACUAAAUGACAUCUGUUAUAAGCUUGCUGUCGUGCUGCAAUGCAUGCUAGGACGCAUGUGUUGCCUAUGAACCCAAAUAAAUUAAAAAAUAAUCCGCACUGGACAGCCGCAAGUUUUAAAAUGAAGGAAAAAAAAUAGCGGCUUAUCGUCUGAAAAUUACGAUAUAUAGAACAUCCAUUUUGACUGUGACGGGGCGAAAGCUAGUUUAAAUUAAUUGAACAUCGAUCGUUGUAAGUGGCACACAGUGAUUUAAAUAUUUUUAAUCAUCUAUCAUGUUUAGUUUUAGUUCUUCUUAUUAAUAUAUAUUAAGAUUCUCAUUUUUUGCUGUAUUUUUUCCAUUUAUUUUUCAUAUAUACAAUUUUGUAUUAAUACUAUUUUUUUUGUACUUAUCUAUUCCGCCAAUUUUUUAUGUAAAUUUGUUAAAUGUAAAUUCAAGUAUCAAGGUGUUAACAAUUUUUUUUUGUUGAUAAAAAAUUCAUUCGCUCACUUUGAAUGCUUUGGCCAAUCACAAACAUCGCAGUGCACUACAUGCCGUUGUCCAGUUAAAAAAAAAUGUCGUUCAUCGCAUUUUUUUCUUUUCGUUUGACGGAGGAAAACAUUUUUUGGUCUGUUUUUUAAAUGCAUUUUUGUUAAACUCGUGAGAUUAAGAGUUACAUAUGUUUCCUCGGACAUUGUCCAUAUGCUAAACUACCGUUAAGUAUGUUUAAAAUAAUCACGUGUGUUUGUCAAGGACAGAAAUUUGAUGUCAUUAAUCACAAUUAUUUCAUGAUUAAUUAUAUAUAUUGUAAGAAUAAGUUAAUUUUCAACGUACAAUUGUUAUGUUAUUUAAAGGCGACUGAUUUAUAAAAAAAAUGUGGACGACGCUCAAAAUGUAUAGGAAAAAAUUACUGUUGUUUUGUUAACCCUAUUGUGGCCUGGUCUAGCAAAGACUAUCAUGUUAAAAAAAAAAUCAUCUUUUCAACACAAAUUAAGCCAAAGUUUUUUGUUGCCAAAAGCCGAGCCCCUGGUGCUUCGCGCGAAGUGCGGACUUGACUCACUGACUCGAUUUAACCGAUUCAGCUAACUCAAACAACAAUAAACCAUCUGAGUACAUGGUGGUUUCCACUGUGCAAACUCGAGUCAUGACACGGUCAGUGAGCCAAUAGAAAUAAAUAAUCUGAAACCAAGAGAAUUUAAUCUUGUGAGUUUGUGGUAUUUCUAGCAGAAGCGCUACCUCAUGUUAGCAAACCAGUACAACUGAUCCAGAUCACUCAAGUUAGGAAUCAGGAAUAACCUAAGUCUGCUUGGUAAAAUCAGUGAAACGAUUCAACUAAAUAAUGUGAGUUUGUUUGAUUCUAGAAGGUCUGUGAACUUCAUUUAGUUAACAUAUACAACCAACAGAGAGCUCAUUGGAUCUGGUUUCAUAGAAAUUUCAAUCUUAAGAUUUUUUAUUCAGUCUAGGUUUGAUUCAUGAAUCUGUUUUAUUUGAUUGUGCUCUAUGCAAUCGCACAGCAGGUACAUGAAAGUGACUCCUACGUCUUAAACGUACCCGCGUGUCCAAAUAAAAAAAUUAAAAUUGAAAGGUGCUGGUAAAUUAUCGUCACUUUUCUUCGUGUUCCAAUGGUGACCUUUUCCACACGUUUACACUAAGUGUCAUCCUGAAAUGUUGUGUGUCAAAAGUAUUGAACUGAAUGAAGACCCCAUUUUAGUGAGGCUAAUCCAGUAAAAAUGUAAGAAAUUGUGUUAUUUUUUUCACCUCUUUGCGAGUGGUCUGUGUGUAGUAACGUUAGAGCUUCAUUUAUGUUGAAAUGUCACUAAACUCUACAAUAAACUGUUUUCC